GUGGGGUGGGGGCGGGUGGCUAUGCCUGGCUUCUUCCUGCCGUGGGUCUAAGAGUUGGGGGCCUCAGGCCCCCAGACGAACUUCCACACCGAGUUACAGAGUUGCAGGCGCACCUCCAGAGCCAGACGAGAUCGCGAGGCCGGGAGUGUGAGGGCCGCCAGGAGCCAGGGAGAUCCUUCCUGGCGCUCUUCCUCCGGGAGGAUGUCAAGGAACUAUUUCAGCAAGAAAGAUUAUCUUCCAAACAGAAAUGUUCUAGCUUCCACCCAAACCCUUGAAGGUCUGACCCUCAAAUUGAUAAGUGGAGAUGUUCAGUUUGUCAGGGCUGACGUCAUUGUCAACACUGUUCCCACGGAUCUUCAGCUUGGAGGAGGACCACUAUCUCUGGCUCUUUUGAAGAAAGCUGGUCCACAUCUCCAGAAGGAGUUAAAUGCCACCACACAGCAAACAAACGAGAAAGUGGGUAGUAUGUUCAUGACAAGCGGCUGCGAUCUAGACUGCAAUGCAGUACUCCACGUCGUGGCUCCAAGCUGGAAAAAAGGAGCAGGGGCUUCUGAGCAGAUCAUGGCAAAUAUCAUCAAGACAUGUUUGAGGACUGUAGAAGAACUAAGCUUCUCAUCAAUCACAUUUCCCCUGAUUGGAACAGGAAAUUUGAAGUUUCCCAAAGCUACUUUCGCUGAACUAAUGUUUUCAGAAGUGUUCAAAUUUAGUAGCAGUUCUUGGCAAAGAAACUUAAAAGAAGUUCACAUUCUAGUAUAUACAAGUGAUGGGGAAGGCCGUCAGGCAUUUUUAGAUGAAUUUGCCAGACGGUCAGGUGGAUAUCCCAACAAGGACGAGAUUUUCAUGCCUAGAGAUACCCAAGGUAUCUUCAGGACUGACCCUAAUCCUGCACCCUCAAUGCAUCAAAUGAAAAUUGGUGCAGUUACUUUCCAGGUUGCUACUGGAGAUAUCACCAGAGAAAGUGUAGAUGUUAUUGUAAACUCAACAACAAGGACAUUUAAUCUGAAAUCAGGUGUGUCAAAGGCAAUUUUAGAAGCUGCUGGAGAGGAUGUGGAAUAUGAGUGUGCUGUACGAGCUGCACAGCCUCACAGAGAUUAUAUAAUUACACAAGGUGGAAACUUAAACUGCAAAAUAAUAAUGCACAUUCUUGGGGAAAACGAUGUCAGGAGAACAAUCUCCACUGUUCUAGAAGAGUGUGAACUGAGGAAGUGCACAUCAGUUUCGCUUCCAGCCAUUGGGACAGGAAUGGCGGGGAAGAAUCCAACUGAAGUUGCUGAUAGCAUAAUAGAUGCCAUUGUCGACUACACACGGAAACACCCCAACCCAUCAUUAAAAACAGUUAGGGUUGUCAUCUUUCAAGAUGAGCUGCUACCUGUAUUCCGGGACAUCAUGGAAAAAAGAAACAUCUCUGUGUCACCUGUCUUUCAGUCCAUGUUCUUCAAGGCUGCACAUAAUAUUCCUGAACACUGGACUGACAUGAAUCAUCAGCUGUGUUCUGUGGUUCCACUGCAGCCUGGACAAUCAGAAUAUAACACUGUGGAGGACAAGUUCACUGAGACUUGCUCUUCCUACACAAUAGAGAAGAUUGAGAAAAUACAGAAUAAAUUUCUCUGGGACAGCUACCAGCUGAAGAAAAAGCACAUGGACUACAAGAAUGGCCAUACGAAUAACGAGAAGCUCCUCUUCCACGGGACAGAUGCAGCCUCGGUGCCCCUUAUCAAUCAACACGGCUUUAAUCGGAGCCUGGCUGGGAAGAGAGGUACAGCCUAUGGAAAGGGAACCUAUUUUGCUGUUGAUGCCAGUUACUCUGCUCAAGACAUGUACUCUACUCCAGACAGCAGCGGGAGAAAGCAUAUGUACCUUGUGCGAGUGCUGACCGGAGAUUACACACGUGGCAAUGUGGGAUUAGUUACCCCUCCCCCAAAGAAUUCUUUCAAUCCCACAGAUCUCUUUGACUCUGUCACAGAUGAUACACAAUAUCCACAGAUGUUUGUGGUAUUCUCUGAUAACCAGGCUUAUCCAGAAUAUCUCAUAACUUUCAAAUAUUAAAAAAUACAUCUUAAUACCAAGGAGAUGAUUUAAUAAUCUAUGUAUAAGAGUAAUUUACAGAGUCCUUUCUCUUUGCCUUUGGUUUAUUUAUCCAGAUAAAUUUUCCUUUUUAGGUGCUGAGAUGCUGAACAUUAUCUUUUUUUUUUUUUUGCAUUUUUUCCCCCAUCGGUAUGGCUGUAGCUAGCCACAGACAACAAAGCUAACCAAAUAAUGAAAAGCACACUUUUCUUUUCUAUCAAAAAAAAAAAAAAAACAUGUAUCACAGCAAAGAGGAUAUGUUCUUAUUGAAACAUGCUAAGAUAUCAAACUGUGGUGGGUUAAACUGUACUAUGUAAGUGGAGAGGCUAUGGGUAUACAUUUAUAACAGCCAGGGAUUUUGUCUAAUGAAGAAAAACUUGUCAGUAGCUUAGUUGAAAUGACUGAAUCAUGGAAUAUUACCUCAACUCUGUUGUGGAAGAAAUCAAGUAAAAAUGUAUUGUUAUCUAAUGCUACUUAAGAAAUUACCCCCAAAGAGGGACUUUACCUAACAAAUGCAAUCAGUGUAACCUGGCUUAUUGUACCCUCAAUGAAUCCCCAACAAUAAAAAAAUAAUAAUAAUAAAAUAAAAUAAUU